AUGAUGCCGUCGAUGCAACCUUCAGCCUACAUCACGGAACCGACGCACUCGUCGUUGCCUUCGUUGAGCACCUUCUCGAGCCCGUUCUCGUUCAACCUCUUCUCGUCGGGCUCGACGACGACGAGCUUCUGGUCGACGACGAUUAUCCUGAUCGUUUCGCUGCUCGUGGCCGAGCAGACAUGGUGGCGCUACAGGAAGGGCGGCUUACCCGGACACAAGUGGCAGAUUGUGAGUAUUCAGCCCCAUACGUCUUGAGUGUUUGCCUCGUUCGCGGAUCUCAAGCACAUUGAGGACGUAACUUCGCCGGAGGCCUAGCUUUGUCUCUCGCCGAGGAGCUCCCGCUCGGCUGUGAAUAGAUGCGCGCGCGCCCUUGCUCGCGCGAAGAGAGCGGAAGCAGUCGCUGCGGACCAUCACAACACGAAUCUGAACCAUUCAAGGCCGAGCCAGCCUUGCGGAACGAGCGUGCACGGACAUGGACUUCCCUCAGCAGCCGAAGAGGAGAUGGAACAUGCACUGAUUUACUUUGUGGUGAUCAUCCUACACAGCCCUUGAUCGGCCAGUUCUCUGAGUCGCUGCAUCCGUCAAUGGAGGCUUACAUGCGAUGUGAGUGCGCGCGCUGCCUCGGUGUCCGGCCCGCUGCGAAGAGCAUGGCUUACCUCAUCGACAGAUGGCCGCCGCCCACGCAUGCGCUCACGAUCUUGCACGAUCUUGGCGCGAUCAACGCCAGUGUCGGCGGAUUCUUCGAGCUGACCACUGAUCACGUGGCACUCUCGCAUCUUCCUGUUCUGGUAUAACAGCUUGGGCCAAACCUUUGGCUUCGGUCUCGUGAGUCUUGCAGAUGAGUUCGGGUUCCUGUGGCCGAUCCAAGUGCCGCGCUGACGCGAUCGUCCUCGGCCUUCCCGCUCGCUCCGUCCUGUCAAAACAGAGUCUUCAACAUGUGGGUCUCAGAGAUCUCCGCGCAUCGAAAUGCAUGAUUGCAGUCUGGAGUGAUACCGGUGUUGACUCGUGUGGAUCUCCUCGACAGCUUCAUCGUCAUUGCUUCCACUACCGACUACUCGCGCAAGAUCCUGAAUGCCUCAAGCUACACCGAGCCGUGCAUCGUCAGGUCGGCGAAGCAAAUCUUGUUGCGUGCGUUCAUCAUUUUUCAUCCAACUCGACUCAUAACAACAUUGUCACUGACCCGACAUCUUGAUAAUUUUGAUCAACAGCGGAGAACUGGUGGGUCAUCGGUGGAUCAUGGGAGGAGGUUCGCGUCACGUGAACGAUCGUCUGAUCGAUUUAUUCUUUCGUGUGCAGGGUCUUCCUCAAUGGAAAGGUUCACAACGAGUACCGAAAGGGACUGAAUGUCUUGUUCACAUCCCAGGCCCUCGCGCGAGUCGCCCUUCCCUUGCUUCAGAAAUUUCAGUGGAAUUUCAUCUGACCACCCAAGCCGCUUCCUCCUCUGCAGCAUCUACCUCAAGGUUCAGGACCGCAUCUACCGAUCCUUCUUUAAAGAAUGGUCAGCCGACCCCGAUCCGAAGCCCAAGCCUUACACGUUCCUGUUCCGCGACCUCAACAUGGAAACCUCGCUCCGAGUCUUCUGCGGUGAUUACAUCGCGCAGGAGAACGUGCGCGAGAUCACGGACAAGUACUGGCUCAUCACCAAAGCGCUCGAACUGGUCAACUUCCCCUUCGCUUUCCCCGGUACGAAGGUCUACAACGCGUGCCGAGCCCGCGCUUCGACGCUGAAGUACCUUGCUGCCGCUGCUCGCCAAUCGAAGGAAGCGAUGAUGGCCGGCAGAGAGGCCGACUGCUUGCUCGACGCUUGGGUCGAACAGAUCCUUGCUACAAAGAAAUACCAGGACAACAAGGAUGGCGGCACCGAACGACCGAACCUGCUCGUUAGGGAAUACUCGGACCACGAGAUGUCGUUGGUUUUAUUGUCCUUCAUUUUCGCCAGUCAAGGUACGUCGUCUGGUUCCUGUAGCUCUGGUUUCAUAUAUGGUCGGGUUGCUGAUAUUUGCGGACUUCGAUGGCCCCUAUGUAGACGCCAUGUCCUCUUCGCUCACGUUCGGUUUCCAACAUCUCGCCGACUAUCCCGCCGUUCUCGCCAAGGUCCGUGAGGAGCAGGAGUGCAUCCGCGCCGGCGAUCACGAAUCGGCAGUCACCUUGGAGCAGCUUGAACAGAUGCCUUACACCAACGCCGUCGUGCGCGAGGUGCUUCGUCACCGACCGCCCGUUCUUAUGGUGCCUUACUUGACCAAGAAGGCGUUCCCGAUUACAGACGACUACACGGUGCCCAAGGGGACAAUGCUGAUCCCUUCGUUCUGGAACUCGCUGCACGACCCGAGCAUCUACCCGGAUCCGGACGAGUUCAUCCCCGAGCGCUGGAUGCCGGGAGGAGCCAACUUCGAGACAACCGAUUCGAAGACGUGGCUCGUGUUUGGCGCGGGAGCGCAUCGAUGCAUCGCGCAGAACUAUGUGUUCAUGCACAUGACGGCUUGCUUGGGGACGGCAGCGCUGUUGAUGGAUUGGGAGCACGAGAAGACGGCCGAGAGUGACGAGAUCCAGUGAGUUGCGUACUUUGGCGGGUGGUCAGACGUCUUACCGGGGACUUACUUUGUCUUUCUCGGCACAGGAUCAUUGCUACGAUCUUCCCCAAGGACGGCACGCGGCUCAAGUUCCGCCCUCGCACGCCCACGUCGGCCUAG